ACUACUCAGUGAAGAUACACUUCCGCGGAGGCCGGUACCACAGCUACAGCGGGACCCUGUAUGUCACCCUACAUGGGACACAGGGCGACACAAGGGAGAUCUCACUCAACGGAGGAGAAAUGGCGAUAGACCCCAGGAAGUCAAGAACGUUCCUCGUCACAACGCCGCGAUCUGUUGGCAAGCUGCAGGGCGUCACAUUCCGCUGGGAGGCGCCCCUACCACCUCAGGAGGAUUCUGGGACUGGCAGCUGGUUCUCCUGGUUCAAAAAGCGUUCCGUGGAUAACAUAUCUCCUCUUCCUGACAACAGACUUUUGUUACAUGAUAAACAAAACGAUGUACAACUUCUCGUUAAAGAGAAGGCGAAGGAUCAUGACGUCAGUGACGGUAACAAAGUACCGUAUGUGCGACGUAACCGACGUUCCUCCUCCGAAGACGACGUCAUUUACGUCAGAACAAUCAGGAUCAAGUCUGGAGUUUCUCAAGAAAGGAUUCGGUUCUGCAACCCUCGCCAACAGUACCGGACAGAAGGCGUUCCUCCGAACCAAAGUGUCCGAUUUCGGGCUUGUUGACAUCCGAUAGCCAUUAGACAAUCUCAUGUUACAAAUCAUAGCUAGAUAUCAGCUUAUUGCAGAAUCAACAGCAGUUUGAAAAGACUCUGACUCGCCUGUGCCACCAUCAAUGACUUUUAAAAUCUUAACAAGUCCAUCUAUAUCUCCAAGUAGAUGUUGGUAGAUCAGCUUGCGAUUUUCCGACUUUCCUCAGCACCAAAAAACAACAACAACGCAACCAGCUGCAGAAAAAAACGUCAUCGACAACGUACAUUUUAUGUUAGACUUUAGGUCCUCCCGCAGCUUUGAACCAACAUAUGCUUAAAGAUUAUUCAGUAGCAAAAUCGUGGUGCUCGAUUCGUUGAUAUUGUGGGUGUUAUUUUUGUGAUAGGUUAGCUAGUUAGUUAGCUAGUUAGUUGAUUUUCCUGGAUAGUGUUGGCUAAGAAUUAAUCUUUCGAAUUUCCUUUACCUUGAAGGGGUUCGAAUUUCCUUUACCUUGAAAGUUAGUUGAUUUCCUGGAUAUUGUUGGUCAAUAAUUAAUUAUAAUCUUUCGGAUUUGACUGAUGAGUUGGAUACUUAUAAGCUUGCUAUGUUGAGCGAAACUAUAUUGCAGAAUAUUGUUUCAUUCAGUGUCAAACACUGACGCUAUGCUAAAACUACUAAGGGUAUA